AGUGACGACACGGCGCAUCAAAGGCACGAGAUCGCCGAGGCUGAUAGAGCCCGAACCGAAGCAGCAGCAACGGCAGGGACAGGUCGAGACGCUCCGAACCGACCGCAGACGCGCCAGUGCACCGAAUCCUGCGAAUAAAAGAUGCUCCAGUUCGGCGGCAGGGUGCGCGGCGUUCCCGCGCUCGUCUCUCUGAUUCUGGUGGCGUUGGCGGCGGCAUCAUCUGAUCUGUUUGACAAUCAACUGGGCGAUAUCAAUUACUGCAAAAAACAAUGCCAGAUGUCCAUCAAAAACAAAAGCCCCGCCAAAGACUCCAUCAUGAAUGCCUGUCACCGUGGCUGUCGGCUCUACUCCAUCUGCCAGUUUGUGAAUGGAAAUGCAGGCAUCAAUACCAGCAAGGAAGAGUGCCAGGGAGCAUGCCAGGAGGCCUACAGUAAACUGCUGGAGCAGGAGGCGUGCAGCACAGGGUGUGCCAGCCAACCCGCUGAGCCGGAGAUCAAACGGAGAAAGCUCAAGGCUCUGACCAACCGGCCCAAGCCCAUCUCUGUGAUGGAUGCCGUGUCCAGCUGGUGCAAUGACAUCGUCAGUUCCGCCCAGAGCUUCAUUUCUUCCACCUGGACCUUCUACCUGCAGGCUGAUGAUGGGAAGGUCGUUGUGUUCCAGAGCCAGCCAGAGAUCGAGUACUCCUUGCCUGAGUUACAAGCCCCGCGCUCCAACGUGGUUGACAAACCCUGGCCCCAAGUCAACUCCCACACACAGCGGCCACAUACUGGUGGGAGGUCACAUGGGGAGAGGAAUGCGGCAAAACCUGGGGUGAAAGGAAAGCAUGUCAGCCAACAUGUCGAGGAUCCAGCUGCUGAGCACGACUUCCUGGGCUGCAUGUCAAGGCGCUCAGGACUGCCGCGUUGGAUUUUAGCUGCGUGCCUCUUCCUGUCCAUCAUGGUGAUGCUGUGGCUGAGCUGUGCCAGUCUUGUCACGGCACCCGAGCAGCACAUCAAGACUCAGCUUAGCAUCAAUGGAGAUAAAGAGUUCAUGGAUGACACCCAGAAGGUGAACCCCUACCACUUGACGCCAGUGAUCGCGAUGACAAUCGGCCAAUCGGAGGAGAUCAAGGAGGCGGGGCCGCUCCCGGUCAAGGUCGACCUCAGCAAAACAUCUCUUUAAAAGCACAGAGGAGGUCGAUACUUUGAAGACUAGGGUUUAACUCAUCUCCAGAGCUAUUUCUCGCAAUUUAAGGGAAAGUUGCAUUGUUUUUCUAAAUAAAUAAAAAAAUGCAUGACGCCAUUUAUUAUAUCGUUUACGACGUACGUCCUGUCUGAAUACUAGUCUCCACUGAAUUCUCAAAACCUCAUGGAAUCGUAGUAUAGGUGCUUGUUCACAUAAUGUACUAACGCAUUGUUGACUAAUAUAUACAUA